GCUCAUGUUCGAGUCAAGCAGUGGGUUCCGGCGGCUGACGGUUAUUUUCCACGAUUCAUGGCCUUUCUCCAUGUCCCCUUGAGGUCGUUUGCAGCGCGGAGAAGCGGCCCACAAUGCAACAGAGCCGUCGCGCGACGCCGCCCUGCCCAAGCAGCACAGAAGGUUUUCAGCGGCGUGUUUGUGUUCACUCCCCUACCCGUUGGCUGUGGGGAAAUCACUUCCAGGAGUGUGACCAUUGCUUCUCUACUGACUUUGUUUCACUUUGUGCCUGUUCGCUGCUUUGUGUGGUGCUAGUUCUGAGCUCACGGUUGCUUUCACGUGCAAGCUGCACUUUUUGUGUUGUUGUACGAGUAUGUAGCUUGGUUAGUUUGUUAAUGCAUAGAUUGUCGAGGACAUUACAACUUUUGUGUGUGUGUGUGUGUGUGUACACAGAUUCACACAUGUGCAUCUGUUUGUUUUGAUGAUCUGUAUGCACACAUGUGCAUCUGUGUGGGUGGUCUACACAACCUCUGGAUUGUUCAGACGGAGAGGAGGGACAAAGAGGAGACUGUUGUCUGGUCACGUCCGUGGUGCCAAUACACUAGUAAUUACCUCUCAAUGGGGAUUAUGCAAUGAAAAUCUGCGGGCCUGGUACCAAUGCAUUUACAAUGGUCGGACUAUUGUUCUAUGAUUGCGCAAAAAUGUUCCAUGGUGGAUGAUAUAGGAGGGUCUGUCUGUCCUACACAUUUUGCUGAUAUAUUAUGAAUCUGUCAAAAGUAAGCUUCAAAUUAAUGUGUGUGUGUGUGUGUGUGUGUGUGUGUGUGUGUGUGUGUGUGUGUGUGUGUGUGUGUGUGUGUGUGUGUGUGUGUGUGUGUGUGUGUGUGUGUGUGUGUGUGUGUGUGUGUGGGGCUAUUGCCUCAUCUUCAGAAGUAACAAUACGUUGGCAGAAUUGCUGACUUCUCAUAUUAUAUAUUCUUUAUUUCCAUGAAAGCUUGGAAUAAUUUGAACUGAAAAGAGAAUCCAAUACUGAUGGAAAUACGGACGGGUGUGCAGGCCGGUGGACGUGCUGGCUAUUGGACCUGGGCUAUUGUGAGGCAGAGACGGGCUUGAUUCCAAGUGUCCAAGACUUUGACAAAAAGCUGGCCGAGGCCGACGCGUACCUGCAGAUACUCAUCGACCAAUUAAAGCUCUUUGAUGAGAAGAUCAAGGAGUGUAAAGAAGAUGAAUCACGCAGAAAAAUUGAAAGUUUGAAGGAGACUACUUGUAGUAUGGUAGAGUCCAUCAAGCACUGCAUUGUAUUGCUACAAAUCGCCAAGGACCAAAGUAACGAACAGCAACACGCAAACGGACUUAUAAGCACCAUAAACCCAGUCGACGGGAUCUACCAGCCUCCGCUAGACACGUCCGAAGGCAGCGACAACAUGCCAAUCCAAACAGCGCUGCCCUCAGAUGGUUCCCAGGUGUGCAAGUCUGAGCAGCGGCCCUCCACACUACAAGUGGGUCCCGUUGUCACGGUGAUGGGAAGCUUACAAACGCCAACGCCCAACAGCACAGGGAGCGGUCCGUCCGGCCCCAGCAGUGGCCUGGGCUCCCCGUCCCACAUGCCUCUCCCCUCCCACUCAGUGCCAGACUUCUCCUACUCCUCCAGCGAGGACGAGUUCUACGACGCCGACGAGUUCAACACCUCUCCCAAACACUGCCUAGCCAGUCUCUCAGGGCAGGCCGCUGCCUCUGCACUGGGUGGAGACGGGGCCAUGAAACGACCGCACACCAACGAGUCCCUCAACUCGUCCAUGUCCAACGGAACCACCGACGCAGACCAAUUUGACAACGACGACCGUGACGAUGAGGGCGAGGGGGAGUCCGUUGAGGAGCACAAGAGCGUCAUCAUGCAUCUGCUGUCCCAGGUCCGGCUUGGUAUGGACCUCACCAAGGUUGUUCUCCCGACCUUCAUUCUAGAGCGGAGGUCUUUACUAGAAAUGUAUGCAGAUUUCUUUGCUCAUCCAGAUUUGUUUGUGAGCAUCGCCGAGCAGCCGGAGCCCCGGGAGCGCAUGGUGCAGGUCGUCAAGUGGUACCUGUCGGCCUUCCACGCGGGGCGGAAGGGCUCGGUGGCCAAGAAACCCUACAACCCCAUCCUGGGAGAGGUCUUCUACUGCCACUGGGACAUGCCAAACGAGACGGCGGAGGAGCCCCCGCCGCCCCCCGUCGCCCCCACGGAGCCAUUGUCGGACGGUCCCCUCCCCUGGGUUUCCCCCAACAAUGUGUCCUUCGUAGCAGAGCAGGUCUCUCAUCACCCGCCCAUCUCCGCGUUCUAUGCAGAGUGUUCCGGUAAGAAGAUCCAAUUUAACGCACACAUCUGGACCAAGUCGAAGUUCCUCGGGAUGUCAAUAGGAGUCCACAACAUCGGCCAAGGGUGUGUAUCCUGCUUGGAGCACGACGAACACUACAUCCUCACCUUCCCUAAUGGCUACGGCAGGUCCAUCCUAACUGUGCCCUGGGUGGAGCUGGGCGGCGAGUGCAGCAUCGUCUGCUCCAAGUCGGGCUACAGCGCCAACAUCGUGUUCCACACCAAGCCCUUCUACGGCGGCAAGAAGCACCGCAUCACGGCGGACAUCUUUACGCCCAACGAUAAGAAGUCCUUCUGUGCCAUCGAAGGAGAGUGGAACGGCGUGAUGUAUGCCAAGUGGGCAUCUGGGGAGAACGCUUUGUUCAUAGACACCAAGAAGAUGGACAUCAUCAAGAAGAAGGUCCGCAAGCUUGAAGACCAGUUGGACUACGAAUCUCGAAGAAUGUGGAGGGACGUGACCCUGAACCUGAAGCUCAAGGACAUCGACAUGGCGACGGAGGCCAAGCACUACCUGGAGGAGAAGCAGAGGGGAGAGGCCCGCGAGCGCAAGGAGAACGAGAGGCAGUGGGAGACACGGUUGUUCCACGAAGACGGCGAGUGCUGGGUCUACGACGAGCCGCUACUAAAGAGGAUAGCUCAACCACGGCCCUGAGACGACCCCUCUCCCAUCCACACACAUGCACACACACAAACAGCCAAACAACACACACACACACACACACACGUCACACAACACGGGAGUCUUCAUAAGAACUCAUUUGCACAUGACCUAUUUUCCAAGCCUUCGAAAUGACUUCAAUGAUUGAAUAUGUACACAGCUUUGCGUUUGAUGAUGAACCAAUGUUGGAUGAAGUCAGUCGGGGAGCAAAAUGAAAAAAAAAAAUAAGACUAAACCAUGCAGCACAGUGCAAGGGACACAGGACUUUAUGCACAUCCGUUCUUUGCAACAACUCUUGUCUAUAUGGACUUCACAAUCAAGCCUGUCCCCGAUCCCGGGCAAGGGGUGACGACGAUGAGUAGGAGGAGGAAGAGGAGCAGAAGGAGUGAUGGUGAUUGCGAUCGUGGUGGUGAGGAUGGGUGUGGUGGAGGAGGGUUAAUGCGUCUGUUGAUGGUGUUAAAGUGAAACGAACCUCAACAGAAACAAUACGGCAUACUACAUCUCAGGGAAACCGCUGAGGGAGGAGCGAGGGUCCCCUCCCAUCACCCACAGACCGGACGAGGGAAGGACCUCACGACGACGGAAGAGAGGACAUCUUGGCUUGGCUACAUACAACUAGUGACAACUGUUGUUUAUAUAUAGAUAUACAUAUGGUGGAUAUAUAAAUAUAUAUAUAUAUAGAUAUAUACUUUUUUUUAUUUGUUUGCGCUCUUUAUUUUUUUUCCCAUUCUGGCAAUAGUUUAAAUAUUUGAGGGUAAGAACUUUUAAAGGCUUCACAUGUUAAGUAUUCAUUCCAUUUGCGCCAUUGGACAUCUCAAUGCCUCCUUUAACUGAGCUGACGCGCUUGUGGGCGGAAGCAAGACCGACAAGCGUGCUAGCAUCUACACACAUUUAGACUAUGAUAGUGGUAUUGGUUAUUUUUUUAUAACAUAAGUGGUAUGGCUUCACAAUGCCGAGAACGAAUCUUAGCACUCAUUGGCUCUCGGCGUGGAACUAGGCUGUUAAGUUAAAGGUUUAACUCCACCUUCCUCUGGAAAAGGAACUCGUCUGGAAUUACUUAUUUCUUUUGUGCAAGCAUUUAUGAACAAAUGAAUGUUGACCUGUUUUUUCGGUGUCCGGAUAAUUGUAAGGCUUGGUGACGGGGUUGCGGGAAGCAAGGAUGCGCCAAGAGAUUCCUGUUCGUUCGGCACAUCUUCUCUCCUAGGCAUCUCCAUGACGGAAGUCAUAGUUGGCGACUGACAUGGUGGCAACGUGUUUUUAAGAGUUUGGGAAAGAGGCUACAUCGAACCAAUGGUUGAGUUCUGAUACUUUUUCAUAGAGGGCUACUCAAGUCUAAGUUGUGUGCUUGAAUUUAAACUUACGUCCAAUGUUUUUAAAUAUGGGAACCAUACUGGUCAAAAUAUAGAUUACUUUCCAACUAUGCUGGUUUCAUCCAUAUUCUCAUUCACAAAGGCAUAUUACACCGAACCUGCUGAAAUCAAGUGUUGAAUAAGAUUGUGUUUCUCGCCAUCGAUAUAUUAGCCAAUAUGGAAGAAGCCUUGUGGAAAAACAUUUUCACAUAAAAAUGCAUAUUUGUUUCAUUAUAAUUUUAAGAUUUUUUUCAUCUAGAAUAACAAAUUAAAAGUUGCAGUUUAAUAAAACUAAAAGCCAGUUUUCAUUGUUUGUCUUUUACAUUGAAAUUGAAUUGAGGCCUUGUUAUUCCAUUUCAUAAUCACCAAGCGUUUCUUCAUAGAAAGCCAUCAGACCAUGUAUUUUUUAUUUCAUUCUUAUCAUGAGCAAUGAUUGUAUCUGAUUUUCAAGUUUAUUGAUGCAUAAUAUUAAAUCUUCAUGAGUGAACUGAA